AUGGCUCUAAACGUUAGCAAAGUGGUUCCUAAUGGUCCUGUAUUAGCGAAGAGGGUUAAUGUAAACACCUCAAGAUCUCAAAGAGUUUUGCUAGCGUUUGCUCCCAAAAAGUGCUCAUCUGCUGAAGAACUACAAGGUCUUUGUUGUACAAAGCCGGUUACUUUUGCUACUUCUCGUAGAUCUUCCACAUUGUGCUUUCUUGGGAAAUCUCAAGAUACAGAAACCAAACCUCACGAGGACUGUCUUGAUUUACCCAACUCACAAAAAGAAGGUGAGAAGCAAGUGAUGCCGAGGAGAACAACUAGUUCAAGCCAGUUUUUGGUUGAAUAUGUGUCUAAUGAUGCUAAGUUUGUCAAUGAAAGAGCUCGUAAUGACUUUGUUCUUCUAUCCCGUGGCAUUAUGAGACUUGAUGCUCGUGCACGUCAGGAUGUUGCGAUUCUUGGCUCCGGAUUCCUUAAACUAGAUGCUCGAGCAAGAGAAGAUACGGAGAAAAUAGACCGUGACGUCAAAAGAAAGGCCGAGCGCCUUCAUCAUAUUGCUACUAUAUUAAAGAACAUAGCUCAGUCUAAGUUGAAAAAUGCUGCUGAUAAGCAUUGGAGCGACGGUGCCUUAGAGGCUGAUUUAAGGCGAGCAGAUUUCCGCGCUAAACAACGGGCAAUGGAGGAUGCAUUAAUGGCUUUAGAAGUAAAAAACAAAUUCAUCAAGAAUGUGCAUGACAUGAUGGUUAACAAAAUGGUUGAUAGCUUAGGGGUUACAUCAGAAACUGGUAUCACAGACCGUAUAUCGCUUGAGAAGAAUGGGAAAGCUCUAGACUUUUUCCCUGGAGAAGUUUCAUCUGACCGCAUAUCUGCUAUUGAGGAAGCUUACAGAGGUAUGGCAUCAGCACUCUCAGAAGCCGAUGGAAUUGACUACACUGACCCUGAAGAGCUCGAGUUGUUAGUGACAACUCUGAUUGACCUUGAUGCAAUGGAUGGUAAAACUAGUGCUUCUCUCUUGGCUGAAUGCUCAAGCUCUCCAGACGUCAAUACAAGAAAAGCAUUGGCUAAUGCCUUAGCAGCUGCACCAUCGAUGUGGACAUUGGGAAAUGCAGGCAUGGGAGCAUUACAGAGACUCGCUGAAGACAAUAACCCGGCGAUUGCAGCGGCUGCUUCAAAAGCGAUCAUUGCACUCAAGAAGCAGUGGGAAGUAGAAGAAGGAGACUCACUUAGCCUCAUCAUUAUCUUCUUCUCUUCUUACAUUCUUGAUUUUGCUUUUCUUGUUCAUCUGCUUCACUCAAACACAAAGACAAUGGCACUCUCAAAGCCACCACUACAUUUCACUCUCUUACACAAUCCAAACCCUCCAAUUGAAGCAGCGGAUUCUAUCUUAACACGCUCUGUUGAUGAUUCAUCAAGAAGAAUACGUAGAGACGUUCUUCUCUCAAUCACAGGAACACUUAUCCCUCAACUGUUCUUUCUCGAUCGCAAACGCUCUUCCUCUGCAAACGCUGCUGACAUUUUCAGCUUCAUCAUGCCACAACCCGAACCAGAACGUUCGGUCGAGGUUGCUCAGGUCUGCUAA